AAGAGCUUGAGCUUUACUUCGAGUGGCCAUCUGUGAUAACGUCACACGACUCUCCGCAGGAUCAAGGCUGUCCUUGGUCGUAUGCCAACGGCCAAAUUUGUCACGAUUUUGACGGAGGAACUAAAAAUUCCCCGCAUAAAACCGGCACCUCUGAGCCGCGGUACUUGACCUACAUGGUAACAUCAUAUCGAUCGUCGCUGAUUGAUAUAACUUCAAUACUCGUUCUCUUCUGUUCAUAUUUGAUAUCCCUCACUCGCUAGCCUGAAUAUUGACGACCAGUCCAUAUCAUGUCUAAAAACACUCCCAACCCAGUAGCUUACACUUACGGUCCACCACCGACAGGCUCAACAGCACACUCCAUCCCACACCCGGAACCCAUCUCAGCGGCAACAUACCACAUAGCCGGCAUCCUAACCACAGUUUUCGGGCUCAACGAACUUCCACAGGGCACAACCGACGUCGCCGUCCUAUGGCUGUUGCACCCUCGUCUCCAGACGCAGAAAUGCAUGGCGCCCUUCGCCGCCCAUCUGAUCACAGAAUGGAACGAUCAUCCCUCACAAUCCCGAGGGCCCAAGAAGGGACUUGUCGCAGUCUCCUUUGACCAGCGCAAUCACGGCACCCGCGAAGUCUCCGCAAUCGCCAACGAGGCCUGGCGCAGCGGCAACGAGCGCCACGCCCAAGACAUGUUCUCAUGUUACGCGGGCACCGCGCUCGACACAUCUUUACUGCUGGACUAUCUAUCAGGCUAUAUCUUCCCUCACUCCGAGCGUCGCAUCGUGCAGAAUCUGGUCAUGGGUAUUUCACUCGGCGGCCAUGCAGCGUGGCACUGCGUCAUGCAAGACCCCAGGAUCACCGCGGCGAUCGUGACCAUCGGAUGCCCGGAUUACAGUCGAUUAAUGGCCGACCGUGCCCGACUAUCUAAACGACGGACAUGGCUCGACACUCAAGGGCGAGAGUUCUUGGGUUCAUCAGAUUUUCCACCCGCGCUGGUCGAGGCUGUCCGGAAAUCCGACCCGGCGGGACUGCUGUGGAGUGGCAGUGGCCUCAGUAGACGGCCGGGCCAGGAACAUCUGCAUGACGAGAUCACUUCGGAGGAGAAAGCGAAAAUCAUGCCCACGAUGGUGCGAUGCUUUGGAAAUAAACGCAUUCUAAAUCUCUCGGGUGGGAGCGACAAGUUGGUGAACUAUAGCCACAGCAAGCCGUUUCUGGACUGGUUGAAAAAAUCCAUCGGCAAGGGCGGCUGGUUUGAAGGUGGAGGCUUGUAUCUGGAAGAUAUUGUCUACGACGGCGUCGGACACGACGUGCCUCCUGCCAUGGUGGAACCCAUGGUAAAGUUUGUCAAUGCGACGCUCGACAGUGACCAGCACAUGACGCAGUCUAAGCUGGGUAGCAAGAUAUAGAGCGCAAGGUAAGGACGAGUAGCAAACCCAAUGUACAAGUCAAAAGACGGUGUAGACUCCAAGUGGGAUCUCUAUCUCACUAUUGAUGCUAUCUAGGCAUUACCUGUACACGUUCGAGCUCUUCGUACCUCAUACAAGAUCUCUGCCUUCUCUGUUCCGAGG